CUUCUUGACACAAGCCUUUCGAAUCUUGUCCAACGUCAGGCUGUCGUCGACAGCCUUCAGCAGACGCUGAUUCACCUUCAACAACAUCGGCUUGGUCAGAUUCUACAGUCAAAGCCUGUGAGUCUUGGAUCAUCGAUGCAACAAAUGCUGGCUCGCGGCCAAGUCAGCUCUGGCCAGACGGCAUCUGCCGGUCAGAUUCAGACGCCACUCACUCUAUUUCAGCUGUUGGGAAUUCAAUUGGGUCAGAGACAUCUGGACUUGAGUUGCCUUGGUCGGCUGACCUCUGAUGAAUUUGAGACUAGGCGUGACUUUAGACAAGCACACGUUGGCCUGGCAACACAUAUCACCACGGUAGAAGUGGCCUGGGAAUGGUCAUCCUAG